AAUAAUAUGUAAACAGAAUAAUAUGUUUAUAAAUAUGUAAAAAAUUCAUUUUGACAAAAAUUUGAUUCAAUAUUCAGUCGAAUUUCCGUUGUUCAUACAAAUCAAUGUCCUCAAUUUUGAAAAUUCUACAGAAGAAAAUAUUCCUUUUAACAAAAUAACAAAAUAACAAAAUAACAAAUGGCAAGUAGAUUAUCAUUUGCAGUAAAUACUUCUCAAAAGGUCAUCGAUCGAACCUGUGCAUAAAAUGAUAAUCACCGAUCUCAAAUAAUAAUUGAUAUAAUUGUACAAUAUCAUUUAAUUUCUAUUGAGGAUCAGCUUUAUUAUUUUAUCAAGAUUUAAAAGUGAAUAAAGAUUCAUGGGUGUCAUUUCAUCUACCGGCUAGAAAUAUUUUUAUUCAUGUAAGAAAUAUUCUUUCUUUUUUAUUACUAAUUUGUUUUAAAAAUUUAUGUUGAUUUACAUGCUGAAAAUUUUGGUUCAUAUUUAGAUAGUCAUGGAAUAUUAAAUUUUAAUGUUAAUGAUUUUGACGAAGGUCAUUGUGAACCAUGUACUUGGGAUGUUAAACGUCCUUUAGCAUUAUUAAAUCUUGUUGCUCAUAGUAAAGCAUGUGAAUAUUAUGAAAGAACACCUUGUGAAUGA